AUGUCUGCCACACCCACGCUUUGGGCAACCGCAUCCAAGGAAUGGGUUAUUCAACCAAAGCCGAAACCUGGCCGCAAGCCCAAGAAAGAGGCUACACCGACUCAGAGCGACGAGCAGGGGAGGCGAGUCCAGAACCGGGCGGCUCAAAGGGCUUUUCGAGAACGGAAACAAUCCCAACUCGCCGAUUUACAAGCACGCGUUCAGUCAUACGAGCAAGGCGAAAUUGAACGGAAUGUUGCCUUGCAAGGUGUCGCGAAACGGCUCAAGGAGGAGAACGAGUCUCUUCGACAAGAAAAUGCCGUCUUAAAGGAAAGAAUUGCCAAGCUUGAGCAGGAGCACGAUGCGACACUCAAUGACAAGAAACGAUGGCGUGACAUCUCCCCAGCAUCCAGCAUCGCGUCCAGCUCUCGCAAAAAAUUCAAGCUAGACCAUGAUACAACGGAGAGUCGCUUUGGCGCUCCAUAUCUCGCCUCGCCACAAUCCAUGGUUUCUUCUCCGGACUCAUCUACCGAUUCACGUUACCCUUCCACUCCGUUUGACACCCAGCCCGACACAUUCGUGACAUUCUCCCAACUCAAGUCUGAGCCUGGAGGGUUCCCUACCUUCGACUGUGGCUAUUGCACGCCAGACACCCCGUGCGUGUGUCGUGAUGUUUUUCAGCAAACCCAGGACCCCAAAAUGACUGUCAUUCCUCCAACUAUUCGUUCAAUUGUGCUUGGGGCCUCAUCGCCUACAGACGAACCCUCUAUUUUAGACAAUCUACCUCCGUUCCAGCCGGCAGUCCCUCUCCGACUCCGACCUCGCGGGCCUACUACCCAGAUCAAUACCAUAUUUGAGGUAUCUCCACCACAACCAACUUGCUCCGGCGACCCAUCCAAUUGCUCAGCCUGUGCUGACGAUUCCUUUGGAAAAGCCUUCUGCGAAAAGCUGUCUGCCCUGCCUUCUAGUGAAACGGAUGGUGUUUCAGGAAAUCCCCAUUCUGUCCUGGCCGUACCAGUUCCAUCGCUACCAGGACUGGCUUCGCCUCCGUUUCCAGAGUCGAACGAGACGAUACCUACCAGCGAUGCUUGGCGUCGUUUCAAAGCCCAUCCAAAUGUUGACUUUUCUGAUCUGGAUAUGCUUGCCGACGUUGUCGCUCGUCGCUCAAAGUGUUCAGGCUCGACGGUAUCGCUAUCUCCGCCUCCGCCCGACCAUGUUGAUCCGUCUUCUGAGUCAUCAGUGCUCCUCACCGAUCCUCAUGCUCACUUCCGCGAGCAAGAGCUUGCUCGCUCGACUCCCCAUGCCCACAAUGUUCGUGAGGUCCGGGCCGAUGCGGUCCGCGAAGCACUGCGCCUUUUGGAUAGCAAGUUUCUGUCCCAGUAA